AUGACGGGUUCCCUCGUUUGGAUUAUCACCGGAACAUCGUCUGGAAUCGGUCGUGAACUCGCGUUUGCUGCUCUUCGACGCGGGGACAAGGUUAUUGCCACUGGACGUAGGCGAUCAUUUGAUAAACUAGACGAACUCCAAAAAGCAGGCGCUAAUACUUUAGAGCUUGAUGUGACUGCAUCGCCUGCAGAGCUGGCACAAUGUGCUAUCAAGGCUAUUGGGAUGCAUGGCCGCGUUGACGUUCUUGUCAAUAAUGCUGGUGCUUAUCUUACUUGCGGUUCUGCUGAGGAACUCACACCAGAAGAAACCUACGAUCAAUUCGAUGUCAACGUCUUUGGUGCCCUUAACGUUGCUCGCGCUUUUCUUCCCUACAUGCGUAAACAAAAAUCUGGCAUGAUCGUUUGGAUCGGGUCGCUGUGUGGUUGGCAAGGUGCUGCGGCUUUAAGCAUGUAUGCAGGAGUCAAACAUGCUAUCAGAGGCAUAUCAGAAUCUAUGGACAUGGAAGUCAGUCCUUUCGGAAUUCGUAGCAUCAACAUAGAGCCUGGAUAUUUUCGAACGAGGUUCAUAGAUCCCAACAAUCGGUCACCAUACGUCAGCCGAAUUGAAGACUACAAGCCUACAAUUGGUGCCAUGAAUGAUAUCUUCAUAGCCCUUGAUGGAAAUCAACGUGGUGACACCCGCAUACUAGUCGAGAUCAUCGUGGAUGUCGUCAAGGGACAAGGGGUUGCCUCAGGCAAACUCAUUCCCCGAAGCCUACAGAUUGGCGCCGAUUGCUACGAUGCUGUCAAGCAGGAUCUUACCGAGAGAUUGCAAGUAUUGGAGUCGUGGAAAGACGUCAUUAUUAAUACUGACCUGCCCGUGAAAACUCGACUAUGA